UAUAAAUAUUUUCAACCCGGUGUACCCCUUUAAGCGAGAUCUUCCUCAAAACGCUGUGAGCCCCGGAAGCGGUAGCCAAGCCUAUUAGCUGGGAUAGUAUCGGAGCGCAUCUGAUACAGCGCCUUCAUGGUAGAUACGCGUUAUAUACGUACGCUAUACAAAUAUAAUUUCAUGUAUUAUCUUUUUUUGGCAUGCCACUGAGGCUGUCGUAUGAGGAGUUCCUGAGUCCUAGCUAAAUCUUGAAUAUCAUGGAAUUAUGUACGAGAACGGCGGGUGAGCAAAUGAUCGCAGUGCAGUGUACACCGACUCCAUGACGCAUAUUACAGUAUGGCGAAGGACAAUCAGCCCUACAAGAAACAUCGCAUCUUCUUCAUAUUGUUGUGUCUUGCAUUGAUAACCUGUUUACUAGUUUACAUCAAGGUAAAUUCAAAAUGGAAGGUACCGGCUCCGGAAAAGAUGUCAUCUGGAAACCCAAGAAAUAUCCACCCAAGUCCGAAAACACUUGUAGGUAUAUCCACCACUCCAGGCUUUGUAGAAAGCACGAAGAUAACAAAGAAGGGUCUUUCACCUACGAGCAAUGUAUUCUCAACGGUUGAAGUCAUCAACGCAAAGACAUCAUAUCAGGUCAACGAUUCUUUACAUCUCCGCAUUACUGCAAGGGAUAUCAACAACGUCACCAAGAGCCAUGGAGGUGAUUACUUCCGGGUCAAGCUGUAUACCGCAGAAACACAAUCAUCCUUGAGCAUUGACGUCACAAAGGACCUUGGAAAUGGUACCUACAUUGCUGAUGUGACUUUGCGAUGGCCUGGGAUGGUAGAUAUAAUAGUGACAUUGGUUCAUCCUAGCGAGGCUGUCAAGGUUCUUCAAAGGAUUCGGGAUAUAUAUCCUGGGAGGAUGAUCUUCAAGGGGCGAUAUCUUCGAACACUUGACUCAGGGACCGAUGUCUUUGAAGACAAAAUGUGUUUACCAAGGGUUAUUCGCAAUGAAACUCUCUGUAACUUUACGGACGAAAGAACAGGCUACCCUUGGUUUUGCGUAGCGCCCUCUAAUAGAAACCUGACCUGCGAUGACUGGCAGUCAUACGUUGUAGAUCCAAGGUUAUGUGAGAAAUAUGCAAUGGAGGCCGUUACCAAGGCUGAAUUCAAAAUGUUAAAGAUACACAAGCUGCCUAUCAAAGAAUCACCGCCUCCUCUCAAAGUUAUUGGAGACCACAGUAGUUGGAAGAAGAGCGUGUUUGCCUAUCAAGAUUCCUUACCCUCCUGUAAACCAGGACAACAUCUACACAAUCCUACUCCUUCAGGCUUCUACGCUAAGAACAUCUGGUUCUCAGAUCAAUGCAAAUUCCGUCGAUUUACCAAACCCGAUGUUUUACAAUGCCUGCAGAACAGAGCAGUUCAUAUUUUUGGUGACUCCACUUCCAGGCAAAUGUACUUGGAGUUUGUCAAGAAGUACAAUUCCGAGAUAAAGCAAGAACAUAUAAAAGCGGAUUUUACUGAGAAUGCUAUUGGUCCAACACAUGCGAAGAGCUCUAAGUUUAAUAUUUCUAUACAUUUCAAGUUUCACGGAUCUCCCGUCCGUCAAUCUACGUUUAUACGUAAGGAGGCAAUCAGUUACAUUGCCAAUGACUUAGACGAUCUCACUGUAGACUCAAGGACAGUCGUAUUGAUCUGCGUUGGAACACACUUCACGACAUAUCCAUUAGCGAUGUACGAAGAGAGGAUAAGAGGUAUCAAAGCGGCUGUUCAAAGACUACACAAAAGAAGUCCCCAGACGCUGGUGAUUUUUAAGAGUGCAAAUACCAGGAAUUAUAAGAAGAUCCUCUAUCAGAUGGAAAAUAGUGAGUGGUAUGUUAGAUCCUUGGACCGGACGAUGAGGGCGAUCUUGCAGGAUUGUCCAGAAAUUGGCAUCAUCGACGCAUGGGAUAUGACCAUCGCUCAGAAUUUUAAAGACGCGAUCCAUCCCAAUGAUGCGGUACUUUCAAACAUUAUGAACAAUUUCUUAUCUUACAUCUGUCCAGAAGAACCAAAUUCGUCAUGAGUCUACGCCGAUUUCUUUCUCUUAAAAAAAAUUAUUUUAAGGUUUUUGCCACGGGUUACGCAACUAUAAUGCCUUGAUAUAAUGUCUUAUCAUACAUAUCGCCCCAUACGUGUUGGGUUACUGUAGAAUUCCCCUUCCCCGGUAGGACUACUGUCUUGGACCCACGUACUGCCUUAGUGUACAAACUAGUUUGAGAUGGUUCAGAGACGAGCAGCAUCAAAUUAUUAUCAAUCGUUAUCAUAAUACAUCUAGCAUACUGCGUUGGUGAACACGGCUGAACCUCGAUCUCUCUGGAACUGCCAAAUGCUGUCCUGGAUCACCUACUUGGAUCUUGGAUGGACCCCCCUUUCCAGGAUUGUUGACUGCCCUCUUGGAACUUACUGGACUGCUCUCGAGGGUUGCUAAAUGUCCACUUGGAAGUCUUGGAACUUGUAUGGACUUUUCUCGGAUUGUCGAGAAAAGCUGUUUGGAACGUGAAUGGAUUUUGAUCGAAGGAUGUCGAACGCCCUUUUGGAAGAACUUCUUGUAGUCUGGAUUGACCUCAUUACUGCUUUCCAUGAUUAUCGAACACACAUGUUGAAGGAACACUCAUAUAC